GUCGCUUCCCUGUUGCUGAGAAUAUUACAUAAUAUGGCGGUAAGCUGUUGAUGUAGGUCAGAGCCAAAAACCGAAUCGCUCCGACUUGUUUUCAACUAAAAAUAACUUUUUAUUCCACUCGACGGUCCAGGUCUGUUGGUAGCAUUAGCUUAGUUUUACAAUGGGAAUCAGUAGGAUAUACAUUAGCAUAGGCUAUGCUAGCUUCGGUACUCUGGUUGGAUUUUCAGCCUUCCUCGUUUGGAAUAUCGCCUAUAAACAGCCAUGGACAGCGGCCAUGGGAGGCCUGUCGGGGGUUUUAGCGUUUUGGGUUCUGGUCACACACAUCAUGUACCUGCAGGAUUACUGGCGCACCUGGCUCAAGGGCCUCAAAUUCUUCAUUGGUGUCGGUGUGCUCUUCUCAGUUCUGGCUGUCGCUGCCGCCUUUACCUUUCUAAGUCUGGCCAUCACACAGAAACAAUCUCUGACUGACCCGCGGACCCUCUACCUUUCCUGUGUUUGGAGCUUCCUGAUGCUCAAAUGGUCUUUCCUGUUGGCUUUAUACUCUUACAGAUACCGCCAGGAGUUCGCCGACAUCAGCAUCCUCAGUGAUUUUUAGACAGAAGGAUUUUUAUAGACUUCGGUGAAGGUUGAAGGAUUUAGGAAUGCCAGGAGGAGCUGGACUUUGAGCUUUGGAACAACAGGAGAAAAAGCAAACGUAGCUAAUUUGGAAGUCGUCUGACUUUUACGACGCAGAGAUCCACUUGUUGCUCUCACAUAACAAGCUCUUUUCUUUGUCUUGUAACCUGUUUUACUACCUAACCACGAGUUACAGCUAAAGCCGAAUCUUGUUUGGACUGGAGCAGUGCACUGCUGGGAAUGUAGGGAGUUUUUGUUCCUGAGAUUUCAUCUCUUGAUUUGUUUUGUUGUAAAACAACUUGUGUGAAUGGAAAUCACCACUGUUAUGGUGUCGUAAUGCAUCAUUUAACACACAGAAAUCCUCAGAACCAAAACGAAAAGCUCAAAACGAAACCACACGCUAGGUAGGUUGAUGGUGGCUUUUGAAGAUCCAUCUAAGAGAACGGCGUUAUAAAAGUUUAUCAUCUCCCACGGAUCUCAUAAUAGCAGAUGUAUAGAUGUUGGUGCCACUGAAGUUGAAUUUGUUUUCAUACCAAAACAAAAAAGAAAAUGCUGAAACAUGUUUUUUUUUUUCUCUUUAAAAGUAGCAGCUGCAUAUGUGAUGAUUUACAGUGGGAAAAAUAGGUGUUAAAUAUGUCUGUUUUUCUCCAUGAAUACAUUUUUAAAGAUUCUGUUGACAUGAAAUUCAAAGCAGAUGCUAUGUGAUGCACACAGAUAAAUAAAAACAUAAUACGCCUAUGAAUUAUAUGGAGUUAAGUGGAAUGGCACAGGUUAUAAGCAUUGAAGAAACUUUUCUAUUUAGUUCUUUGUCAAUAAUGACAUCUUCCAGAGAUUCGCACCAGAAUAUUUGUUGCUCUUGUGUGAUUUUCCCAUGACUAUGUGUGAGAGUGAGAGAUUCUCUUGUUUAAAAGUCCACCCCUCAUUUCAUUUUCAGAUUCUUAUCAAGGACGUCUAUUUAUCCUUCCUUCAAUUAAAGGGAGUCUGCCUGUGUAAUGAUAGGGAUAGGAGUUCAUCAUACUGUUUACUCAUGAAAUCAAUCGUUUAUUCAGUGAUGAUAAUAAUGAUGCACUGUGAUGGAAAUCCUGAAACAAUUGACAGCAUGGUUGAGAUUGUUACUGUUGGAUCUUCUCUCCUUUUUUAGUUCCAUGAGAUGGGCUGUAAAAGCUGCUUUUAUGUUUUAAAAUAUGAUUUAAUGCUUCUGCUGGAUAUGUUUUAUCAACACUGUGGGAUUACUGAAUGGAACUAGAUGACAUUGUGAACAUUAUUUGUGUUUGCAAAUAUGUCUAAUAGAUUUAUAGCUGAAAAUGAUGAUGAAUUCUGAGUUUUUGUCAUUACGGCUACAAAAUAUUGUGAUUAAUAUUUUAAUCUCACCAGACUAUUUUAUUGUAGCAUUUUAUCGACUUGUGUGAAUGCUCUUUAAACUUUUAAACAGGUUUCAAAAUGCCUUUUCUUCAGUAGAGGAGUCUUGUGCAGAGAGUGUUUUUUCUGACAUGCUGUGUGUCUCUUAAAUCACUUCUCUCAACUUAUUUCAAGGUGAAAUUAUUGUCUUUCCACUUCCAGAUUAUGCCCCCAGUGGCACACAUUGAAACAUUCAGAAGUUUAGACAUCAUUUUCUUCCUAUUUCCAGUGCUUACCUGUCAUUCCACUUUGUGAAUUUCAUAUCAAUACAUCUAUUAGAAAUAGAUUUACUGAGAAAAACAUACUCAAUACUUGUUUUCCCUGUUGCAUAUCAAAUGCCCAUUUUGAUUAUUUUUGCAUUUAGCAGCUACUUGCCUAGUUUUGAGCUGUCAAUACUUCAAUCUAAAACGAUAAACAUGAUCAUGCGUUUGUGGAGUCUUGUUGCAACAACUACACCAAGAAACAAACAUUACACCACAAAACACUUGCAUGCAAGAAGAGGGGAUUUUGGCAGCAUAUUUCUCUGCUCUCAGUUGUCGUUGAGUUCCUUAAAUGAGUUAUUUUCUUCAUUUAUGUUCUCAAAUCUGUGAGGGGUUGUGGGUUGUGUAACUCUUCCCUGAUGAAACUAUCACAUACACUUUGUAGUACAUUUUAUUUUUAGUAACAACUCUAAGCGUUUCUGCUGCUGCAGCCACUCCACUUCUUGUUCCUGUCAAACAUUUAGAGCACCUGCAGUGCUUUGUUGAUGGUCACCUUUCAGUGAACGUCAGCAUCAACAUUUAGCCCUGCUAUCGUCUGAUGUGACAUCCUUUCAGCUCCCCUUCAUCAUUUUUUUACAAAAAACAAAAAAACGUUUUCAUGUUCAGGUGCUCUAAUUUAAAGCUUUAUUUAUCAAUGCGAUUGGAUUACUAAUGCUAUUAAUGUGGAAUGAAAAAUUAUUAUUCUGAUGUAAGAAGUGAUUUUUCUGUUUGUUCCACAAGGGGGAGACAAAACACUUUCUGAUACUCUUAACAUUCCUGUUUUGGAAAAAACACAUGGAUUUGAUACAGAGUUGCACUUUAGUAAAUGACAUUAAUGCCCUUGUUUUGCACACUGGUUGUCAUUUCUGUCUCAACCCCGGAUUGUCGUAAUAAACCAAGUAUAUGUAACAUUCAAUUUUCUAUUGUUUGAUUUCACUAAUCAAGCUAAGGUCUUUUUUCUUCCUCUUAAGUGUCAUUGUUUCUCUUGUCUACAUUUUAAUUAUGAAACAUGUACAGUAUUUGUCAGUGAUUGCAUGUGAGAAUACUACCAGUACAAACCAAACACAUUAAAAAUGCAUUUAUUGUUAUUUCUGUCAUGUCAAGUCUUCAUUAAUAAAGCAGAUACAGCAGCA